AUGCCCUUUGGGGAGAUAGUAAUCGGCUCUCCUGGUAGUGGAAAGAGCACCUACGCCUAUGGGAAAUAUCAACUCUGUACCGCCCUCCACCGACCUAUCGCAGUAGUCAACCUCGAUCCAGCGAACGAUCACCUCCCAUACCCAUGUGCCAUCGACAUAGCCUCUCUCAUCUCCCUGCAGGAUGUGAUGGACACGUCUGGCCUAGGGCCGAACGGGGCGCUCAUAUACUGUAUGGAAUACCUCGAGCAGAACUUUGACUGGCUAGAGGAGGAGCUUGCGAAGCUAGAAGAGGGGACAUGGGUCGUGUUCGAUAUCGCGGGACAGGUGGAACUUAGCACGAACCACGAGAGCUUGCGGGAGAUCGUCGAGCGACUGCAGAAGCUCGGCUACCGAUUAGCAGCUGUGCACCUCUGCGACGCGCACUACGUGACAGACGCAAGCAAGUACAUCUCCGUGCUCCUCCUCAGCUUGCGCACUAUGCUCCAGCUCGAACUCCCGCACAUCAAUGUCCUCUCUAAAGUCGACCUAAUUACACAAUACGGCGAUCUUCCAUUCAACCUCGACUUCUACACAGAAGUGCAAGACCUGUCCCACCUCUCCCACCAGCUCUCCACACAGCCUGGAGGGCAAAAGUUCGCUUCCCUAAACGAAGCGAUCUGCGAGCUGGUGGAAGACUUUGGCCUAGUGGGGUUCGAGACGCUCGCUGUGGAGGUGCGCGCCUAUGCUCUACGUGACGGGGUGAUAUGUCAGUGGGCUGAUGUGAGCCAGGACAAGACGAGUAUGCUCCGACUUCUUCGAGUGGUGGACAAAGCCACAGGGUACAUAUUUGCCCCUCCUCCCGGCUCACACGACCCCUCCUCCACCCAAGCACCAGACAGCCACACUCGCUCUACCUCUGCGCCAAACACGGACGCCCUCUUCUCCAGCGCUUUCAGUUCCCUUCCGGGACCGGGAGACGUUAGGGACGUACAGGAACGGUGGGUUGACGAGAGGGAGAGAUGGGAUGAGUGGGAGCGGGAAGAAUGGAGGAAGGAAGGGGAAAGUGUUGCGCGGAAGAAGGCGGGGCGGGAGCUGAGGGAGAAGGAAGCUGAGAAACGCGCGAAAGAGCAAAAUAAGCCGGGUAAGCCCGUCGCAAAUGCGGGCCAGGAGGGAGGUUUCAGCGAGAUGCGAAUACGAGAUCGGACACAGGCUUGA